UCUGCGUACAUUUAAAUUAAACGGAAGUGUUCAAUAAAAAAGAAGAGGAAGAGGAGGACAUAUAUUAUGGCCAGCUCGAACGUAUCUGAUUGGGACGAGGCGCUGCCUUCGUCGACACCGGAGGAGGCCGAAGAGGAGGAUACAGACUACUGCAGCCCGGAGAAUCGCAAGAAACGGCAGGAGGAGAAUGUCUCCAAGCUGCAGUCGUAUGUGCGCCGCAUGGCCUACCAGCCAGCGUUGCCGCCCAAGGCUCGAGCCUACGACGUGGCCCUAUCGAGGCCCAAAAAGCUCACGGUCAUGGACAACUAUGAGCAAUUCAAGGAAAUCUACGAUCCCAAACUGAGGGCCAAGCGCAUCAAGCGCAUGUUGGGCAAAUAUAAUGCCAUUACCACAGAGCAGCUCGAGGAUGUGCUAAAGAAUACCAAGAAGAAGGAGCGCCGCAAGGAGGACUUCCUCAAGCGCAAACAGGAAUUGUACUACAAUAUGCUGACCAAAAUGGAGCGCCAGUGUCGCUCACAAUAUCUGAAUGUGCUGAUCAAGAAGUUUGCGAAAUUCAUUGCCCACUUGGCGACUACAAUGCGCAUACCGCCGCAGCUGGUCGAUCCGUACGCUCGGAUGCAACGCGGCAUAUUCUGCAACAUAUUGCUGGCGAUUGGCGUGCAGCCCACAUCGCAGUCGGCGAUCUACUACACCAGCCAGGAUGCCAUUGAGUACGAUGUGUGCCAUCGUUUGGCCCACGCGCUGCUCAGCUUGAUUAUCAAGGCGCUGGAUACGGCGGCCACACGCGAACCCAAUGAGACACCGAAACCCUCAACGGACCUUGACUUCAAGAUGGACAACUAUAUCAAAGAGCGUCUCAUGUGCGCCGCCAAGAAGAAGAUCAGAAACGAGCAGCGUCGCAAGCGGCAAUCGACGUUGAAUUUGAAUGCUUUUCAGAAAUGCUCCCGCCUCGACUGCGAGUAGCUCCGGACACCGGACACGAAUCGGACUCAGCAUCAACGGGAUCUGUAUUCCGUCCACCACUUGCUGUAAUUCAUAUUCCGCAGUCCGAGCGCAGCGAGUUUCUCCAUUCUCUAAUGCAUUUCAUACAUCGAUUCUUGUAUACAUUUUGUUAGUACUGAUUCGGGAUCAUUUAUCCCCUCAAAUAUAUUUGUAUUUG